CUCCGUCGCUCCAAUUAAACCAUAUCAUCAUCAACAACAAUAAUAUUAUUCACCUUCUGCCAAAGGUAAUCAAUCUGCAAACCAAUUCUUGGCUGUCCCCUUUCAAAAUACAAUCUAUUUUUAUUGAGAUUUGGCACAAACAAGAAGAGAAACAAUGAUGAUUGUUUGGGCAAAUACAAAUCCAUGAGAAUGUCUUCAACAUCAACAAGAGAGGAGGAGGAGGAGGAGGCGACAUCACAACCAGACAGCAACCCCGCCCACAAUUUCGUGACAUGCAUCUACACAACAAAGCUCGCAGACGCGCUGCACAGCACAACGGUGACAUGGGCGAAGACCGUGAUCAGCCACACCCUCUACAUGACGGUGGAGGACGACGACGACCGCCACUACACCUGCAAGAUCGACCUCAAGACCUGGCAGUUCUGGGGCAAAAAAGGCCUCAAAUCCUUCCAGGUUGCCGACACCCGCGUCGACGUCUUCUGGGACCUCCGCAACGCCAUGUUCGCCGCCAGCCCGGAGCCCUCCUCGGGGUACUACGUGGCCAUGGUCUCCCAGGAGGAGGUGGUCCUCCUCCUGGGCGACCAGAAGAGCGAGGCCAUGAAAAGGGCGCGGGCGAGGAUGCGGGAGGAGGCGCGGCUGGUGCACAAGAAGGAGAUCGUGUUCGCGAAGAAGUGCUUCUGCACGAAGACGACGCUGGGGCAGGAGAGGAGGGAGCAUAGCAUAAUGAUCGAGUCGGCGCUGGCGGGGCCGUACGAUCCGGAGAUGUGGAUAAGCGUGGACGGGGUGGAGUCGAUUAGGGUGCCGAACCUGCACUGGAGGUUUAGGGGGAAUGAGACGAUCGUGGUGGGGAAUGUGUUUGUGCAGAUUUUGUGGGAUGUGCAUGAUUGGCUGUAUAGUGCUAAUCAUUCUGGUGUGGGGAUUUUUGUGUUUCGGAGAUGUAGGGACCAGAAGGAGAGUUUUUGGGAUUUUUUGCAUGAUCGACCUUUGUUUUCAUUGGCAUUCUGCCAUUUUCUUUAUUCAUCAUCAUCAUCAUCAUCAUCAUCAUCAUCAUCAUCAUCAUCAUCAUCAUCAUCAUCA